GACCGUCCGAUCAAUAAUGCAAAAAACCGACGAAGCUAUGUAACGGAUCCCCAUUUGCCCUAUAAAUUGCGUUCUACCUCCGACUAAAAACAAAUUCUUUCUAUAUUUUUCGAAAUCGAUUCGCCCUUAAUUCGACGAGAUGGCCCGUACUAAGCAAACCGCUCGCAAGUCGACUGGAGGAAAGGCUCCAAGAAAGCAGCUUGCCACUAAGGCUGCCCGCAAGUCUGCUCCCACAACUGGUGGUGUGAAGAAGCCCCAUCGUUACCGGCCAGGAACUGUCGCUCUUCGUGAGAUUCGGAAAUAUCAAAAGAGCACUGAGCUCCUAAUCAGGAAGCUGCCAUUUCAGAGGCUUGUGAGGGAAAUUGCUCAGGACUUCAAGACGGAUCUGCGGUUCCAGAGCCACGCCGUCCUAGCACUACAGGAGGCUGCGGAGGCGUACCUCGUGGGUCUCUUUGAGGACACGAACCUGUGCGCCAUCCAUGCCAAGCGUGUGACAAUCAUGCCAAAGGACAUCCAGCUGGCUAGGAGAAUCCGCGGCGAGAGGGCUUAAAUUGUUGACGCUGCAUUUGGGUAUGUUAUUCGGAUGGUGUUGUGGUGAGAUUGUUUGUCUAGUUUUUUGGUAACUGUGUUUUGGAGUGCUCAUUUGGAAAAUACUUUGGUAAGCUCAUCAUAUUAUAGUCCAAUUUUAUUAGUAAUAUUGUUACUUUUUUCUUUUUGGGGUAGCGGUAAUAUUGUUGGUUUUGUUUAGGGUAAUGGUGGUGAAAGUUGCUUCAUACAGUUUGCUAGUUUUAAGUGAUUUUUUUUUUUCCUUGUCCA